CUUUGAUAAUAAAAAAAAAAAAACUCUCGAAUCUUUCGUCUUGAGCGGUUUUUGUCGACAGUUGUUCAAACUGUGCAAACCGAAAGUACACUUGCCUUACAAUGGCGAAACGAAAAUCUCAUGACAAAUCGGAAGACUAUGAAAGCCCUUCAAAGAGGUUAAAAAGUGAAGAAUCUGUAGAGGAUGCACUGACAACAAUAGAAAACCAAGUCCAAUUGUUAAGACGGGAAAUCCGAGGGAAGAAAAGCGUCCAGGAUCUACAGAAAACGAUCGAUCAAUUACAAAAAAAAUUAUCAACAGAGAAAGCUGCUAAAGAAGCCGCCCUGAAAGACAAAGAAGCAGCUUUAACAAGGCUAAGUGCAGUAGCUGCAAACCGACUUAGGGACAACAACCCAGGCAUUGCCGACCUCAGCGACCCAAAUAGACCAAUCAAAUUAGGAGAGAAGGCGUCUGAAAUCUACGACAACGAGUGGACAGACGCCCUAGAAAACCUCGAGAAAUUACGUAAAGCCACGGAAACCAAUUAUGAUGAAGAAAAAGAUGUGCAGCUUCUACUUAGUAUUCUUACAGAAAUAUUCCAAAUGUGCAAAAGAGAUGCCACAGAACAUAUGGAUAACAUGUCAAGACUGUUAAUAACUCCAAAUACAGUUAAAAUCAAACAUAAACCUAAAGUUCCAGCAGCAUUAUUAAAGGAGAUCAAAGAUUUUCGGCGGCAGCAUUGUUCGGAGUCUGUUCUUCAAUGCUUAGGAGAGCACUACCUGGAGAGUUUACCGGAGAGGAAUCCGGAACAACUUGGACCGGAAGUAAUCGAGGCUUGUCAAAAGUACAUACUUAAAUGUGCUGAACUGUCCUGGUUGAUGGUCAUUCAGGACCCGCCCAUGUGUAUGGAGUGGCAGUUCACCGGAAGUGAGUUCAAAUCGGAAACCAUGCGGUCUUUCACCAAAAGCGGCGACCAGGUGCAGUUCGUUGUGUGGCCCGCCUUGUAUCUUCAUGAUAACGGGGCUUUGGUUGCCAAGGCAAUCGUUCAAGGAAUGAAAACAGAAAAGAAAGGAAGAAGAAAUCAGAAAUGAUAUUAAAAAAAAACUUGAAAGAAAGAAGAAAAGGGGUGUUAUAUAAAAAGAUAAGGAAACUGAGAAUGGAAACUAUCGAAGAAAAUGGGCAGUAAAUAGUGGUAAACGAUCAUUAUUAGAUGACCCUUGAUUCAGUUUUGUUGUUGAGAGAUAUAUGCCAUAUUGCGUUCUCGUACUUGUACAUUUCAAACGCACACAAUUCUUUCUUCUUUAUAAUUUUGAACGAUGAGCCGCAAAACUUUUAUUCCUCAUAUUUACAUUUUAUUGGUAUUCAAUUCUUUUCAGUUAUAAUAAAUACAUUGUAUAUGAUUCACCAGCAACGUACCCUUCCGUAGGUACGUACAUGUACUGUAGCCUUAAAGCAGAUGGAAUCAUUCUAAGUGAUUUCUAAGUAAUCUGAAAUAAUUAACACUAUAAAUACCACUCCACAAUGACUUCCAAAUGCUGACAGAACAGGGAAACUAUAUCAUUUGCGGGGGUACAUGUAUACUGGAAACAAUUUAUUUGCAGUAUAAAUUGUAUUUUCGAAUAUAAUUAAAACUAUAUUGUCAGUCAA